CAGUCCGCCACAACAUCGUAGGCCACGACGUCCAGACCUACGCCCGCGCAGUUGCCAUUGCACAGGAAGUCGAUGCCAGUAUCCGACGUGAAGCCGUCCAGACACCAGCCCAGCCAGUUGCUCAACCACCAGCCCAACCCAAAGUUGCCCAACCAUCACUACAAGAAAUGUCAACUUUAACUAGACAUUUACCUAGAUCUUU